CGGUGGGGGUGCGGGGAAGGGAAGGCUCCGGACCCUGUUCCCGGACCUUUCGGGAGCCGGGAGGAGCCGAGCCAGGCCGGGAGGAGCCGGGCAAGGGAAGAAGGAUGCUGUUCCCCCUGCCCCUGAGGGUGGCCUGCAGUCUGCUGGGCUGGUUCUCCCUCUACAAGUGGUUCUGCCACCACUACAGGCACCGCAAUUCCGAGUGGAGCUGCAGGCUGGUCACCCUGACCCAUGGCAUCCUUGCCACCUGUCUCUCUGCUUACAUUGGCUUUAUCGAUGGGCCCUGGCCUUUGAGUCACCCAGGAUCACCCAACACGACCCUCCAGGUGCACGGGCUGUGCCUUAGCUUGGGCUACUUCCUCUUCGACCUGUGCUGGUGCGUGUACUUCCAGACGGAGGGUGCCCUGAUGCUGGCCCACCACCUAGUGAGCAUCGUGGGCAUCGCAGCCUCGCUGGCCCUGGGCGAGUCGGCGGCGGACGUCAACGCCGUGAUCUUCGGCAGCGAGAUCACCAACCCCCUGCUGCAGGCCCGCUGGUUCCUCAAGGAGACGGGCUCCUACCACACCCUCACGGGCGACGUGGUGGAUUUCCUCUUCGUGGUCCUGUUCACCGGCGUGCGGAUCGGGAUGGGGGCCUGGCUGAUGUACUGCGAGCUGGCCUCCCCCCGGCCCCGCUGGUACAUCAAGCUGGGGGGGGUCAUCAUGUACGCCGUGUCCUGGGUCUUCAUGCUCAGCAUCUGCCGCUUCGCCAGGAGGAAGAGCAUGAGGAAGUACCAGGCGUGGAGGAGCCGCCGGAGCGGCGCCUGCUGCCUGAAAACCAACGGGCACCUGAAAACCCACUGAGGGGGGUGCUGAGGAAAGAAUUCCUCGAGUUCACGCUGCCUGGCAGGGAGGGGGGGAUCGUGCCUGGAAUGGGGAGAGGAGCCAGCUCACGUUAGCGGUUCUGGAGCCAAGUUUAUCCCUGGCUCGGCUCCACUGACGUCCGUGGAGCUGUGCCAUGGAUUCAUUGGGGCUGCAGUGUUUGGCCUGGCAGGGGCUGGGUGAGCACACGCUGGAUGGCACGAGGGAAAGAAGGGCUAAUUUUAUAUAUACUGACCACUGACUAGUCCAGCAGUGCAGGUGUAAAUAGUGGUGUGAGUAGAAAACCUUCAGCACCGGUAGAACCUUGGAGAAGAGAGGAGGAGAUAACACUGGGUCUUCAUGUUCAGUGUCCUGUACAGUGUAGGCAGCUAAGAGUGUUCCUACUGGUAGGAAGAAGCAUGUUCUAGUGUUGCAUCAAAUUCCUGGCUCUUCCACCAACUCGUUGUGUGACCUUGGGCAAGUCACAUAACUCUUAACUCUGUGCCUAAUUCCCCAUCUGUGACUUGGGGGUGAUGGAGCUGAUCCAUCUGUGUCAUGCACUUUCAGACUUUUCCUUGAGAGGUGCUACAUCAAUGCAGAGUGAUGGUUGUUAUCUGCACUUUGUUCAUUAUCCUGAUGUUCCCUUUGGGAGAAACAGCUUUGGUGGUUGAGCUAGAGUGUGACUCUAGAAAAAUCAGUAUUUUAGGUAGGUUGUUGUUUCCUACCCUUUCUAAUUCCUUUUAAUAACUUAUUUAUUAACAUAUUGAUAACUUAUUUUUCUGUAGUGUCCAGAAGCUCUAAUCAGCACUGGAGCCUUACAGGACUAGGUGCUCUGUGAAUACACCCAAAGACACAGCCCCUGGUGGGAAAUGCUUUUAUGACUUUUCCCUCUUCAUCUCUGACUGUUAAAACUCCAGCCAUCCCCUACAAACACUCCUUUUAGCUCCUUGAGUGACUCUCUGUUGUGAGAAGCCCCACCAGGACUUGCCAGUAAGGGGUUUUCUGGCUGAUUGUCUGCAGAACACCAAAAUUCCCUCUGCUGGGCUUAUUGACCCAAAUCCAAACUGGGAUUUCUGGUUGAAGAGUGGCCAACAUGCACCUCCAAAAACCCAGUGGCUGAGGUGGAAUUGCUGCCCAGCUCUGAAUUUGUCCUGUGCAAGCCAGAGACCUGAUCUUGGCUCUCCUUCAUCUGAAUUGAUGCCUUGACCUCUGGGCUUUGAAUUCACCUUGUCUCCCUCAUUGGAUCUGUGUCACUUUAUAAAAUGAGCAUUUAUAGGGUCAGAGAGACUUAUUUUGCAGCUUAAUAAUUAAAGAAGGAGAGAGGCACAGAGUGUGGCCUUUUUUAAUCAAAAAAAAAAAA